CACUACAGCCUCUAUAAAGCGAGAUGGAGGAAAGGCCGCGUCUUAAUGGUUAACCCGCCUCCAGGGAGUUUCCUUGGGAUCUUAAGUUUGACUUUAUCGGCAGCACCUGUCGUGUCUCCAGCACCGCAAAUCCGGCCGGAGUCAGCGGAGUCUGAAUGGAGCUGCACCUCCGCACGGCAUCGCGACUCACUUUUCCCGAGUCUCCACGCAGCUCUUACUUUCGCUCUCAAUGGCGGACUUUUGAAAGCACUUAAAUCUCGGGAUUGAGACAAUCUCAGUGGGAGAAGUUACGGGAAACGACCAGUGACCGCAGAUUUACAUGUUUGUACGCGGGGGUUUCUGAUCUUUUACUGUAAAUGCGCAAGACGAUUGACCCUCUUUGACUCUUCCAUCUGAUCAACAGAUUUUUGCUUUUAAACUGCAUUUAACUGCUGUUUCGUAUUCUGUGUUUAGUCUCCAUGAAUUCAACAGGUGUCGGCUGCAGCCUAUCAGUCCCAAUCCAGCGGCUGCAUUGCACUGGAUACAGUAUCACGGGAGGUAACUGGAAGACUUUCUGGUGACUUUUCCCGGGACGGACCUUUUGCAUGGGAUUAUGCGGAUACCACCCUGCGUGUGUUGUGUGCAAAUGCGCUCCAGGCGAGAUCACCUCGCAUGGUGAAAUAAAACGCGGACCCAGAGUCUCCAAGUGCCUCGGAUUUGCCGCUCACCACAAAGCCAAAUGAUCCUGUCAUUGUUAUUCCUCCUGAUAUCUUCUAGCCCGCAGCAUGGAUCGGAAGCUGAGUCCAGCUUCAGCGGCAAGCUUCAGCACAGCGGUGUGAAGGAGCCGAACGGAGUUGAACAUUCCCAGCAUGAGAAGAUCCUCACCGUCUCAGGCGAUGGAAGCGUCCACAGUCCGAAUUUCCCGCACUCUUACCCACGAGGCAGAGCUGUAGUUUGGAGGCUAGAAGCCCCCGAUAAAGAUGUACGGAUCCGACUGAAGUUCGACGAAAGGUUCGGGCUCGAGGAUCCAGAAGACGGCACGUGCAAGUACGACUUUGUAGAGAUCGAAGAGCCUGCAGAUGGUGCUGUUCUGGGCCGGUGGUGCGGAUCACAAUCUGCACCCGGAGACCAAGUGUCCAGCGGGAACCAGAUUAGGAUCCGUUUCGUAUCAGAUGAGUACUUUCCAUCGGAACCGGGAUUCUGCAUCUACUACUCCUUGGUCUCAAUGAACAUUCCGGAAGCGGUACUCCCUGGAUUGUCGCUGCCAGCCACACAGAGCUUGGAGGCCUUAGACGAGGUUGUGGCUGGUCUCAGCACUGUGGAGGAAGUCAUGAAAUACCUCGAACCCGAUCGCUGGCAGUUGGACAUGGAGGAGCUGUACAAGCCGACGUGGCAGGUGCAGGGGAAGUCCUUCAUCUUGUCCAGGAAGUCCAAAGGGGUCAUGGACCUGAUGAACCAGAUGAGGGAGGAGGUGAGGGUAUACAGCUGUACACCGCGGAACAUCUCCAUCUCCCUCCGUGAGGAGCUACGACGGACCGACGCCAUCUUCUGGCCCGGCUGCGUGUUGGCACGACGCUGUGGCGGGAACUGUGCCUGCUGCUCACACCGCUGCUCCGAGUGCCAGUGCGUGCCCACCAAAGUCCUCAGCAAGUACCACGAGGUCCUCCUAAUAAAGUACAGAGGGGGAGGGAGAGGACAUCAGACAUCGCUGAUGGACAUUGCCCUGGAGCAUCACCAGGAAUGCGACUGCGUGUGCAGGGGGGGCUCGGACUGAUGGCCCUGGGACAUAGGUGCAUGGAGAGCACCGGAAAACGUGCAGGUCCGAUGGCUCUGUUCCGGCCAACUUCGCUCAUGAAUUUACGGAUAAACCACACAAAGGGACGUGCCAAGUACUGCUGUCUAGUCGUUAAAACAGGGAUCUCGGAUUUCUGGAUGGACUGAGCCACCGUGCAUGCUUUGGAGGUCUUUUUUUCAGUGCAUUCUAGAAGAAGAAAAGAACAUGGAUUAAAAAGGAUUAUUCGCUCUUAAAUAUCACUGGAAGUGGUGAAAACCUGAUGAAACCAGACCGGGAGGGAACAGACCCUGGAGCCCAGAAAAUGUCUCUGUCAGAGUUUAGGACUUUGGGACAGUGAUUCAGGGAUGAAUGCUUAAGACUGAUCCUUUUUAAAGUUGCUGUACAUGCCCCCCCCACCUUCUCAUUGGCUACAGUGCCCUGUAGAAAUGGUUACUGUACAUGCCCCCCCCACCUUCUCAUUGGCUACAGUUCCCUGUAGAAAUGGUUACUGUACGUCCGCCUGCAGCACUACCAAAAACCUGAAUUUCGUGAACUAUUUCUGUUUUAAUGAUCAAAUGCAUAUGUACGCCAAAUGCAGUUUCUGUCUGUUUUCUUGUAAUUUGUAAAUGCAUAACCUGGAAAUGGGUGCACUGCACUUAUGCUAAGGUUAUUUAACAUCCUUCUGCUGACUAUGUAUUUCAGUAUUUUUACCUGUUCUUUGUAAUUAAAAAUAAAUAAAAAAAACAA